CGCGCGCGUGCGCAUCUCUCGUCCGGGAGGGGGUGGGGGCCAGUGCGCGCGCGCGUGCCUCGCCCGGGGCCCCGGUGCGCGCGCAGGGGUGAGGGAGGCGCCGCGCGCAUGGCCUGAGGCCCAGCGCCGAGGCUCCCGGGGGCUCUGAGGCGUCUCGGGUUGGGGCAGGGAAGGGGCAGCGGCCUCCGCCUCCGCCGCCCCCGGCUCCGCGGGCGAAAUCUCGCGUGUCGCGCGCACCUGUCGGAGCGGGCCCGGCCCUCGCCUGGGCGGCCCUUGUCCGGGGCGGUCCCUGCCCCCGGUCCGCCCCCGUGGAAGAGCAGCUGCUGGGCUCGGGUCGCGGGACCCCCGCGGCCGGCCCCCGACCUUCCCGGAGAACCGCCCGGCCUGGACGAGUGAGAUGAAGUUUCCUUGGUUUGAUUCGAAGAUCAUGAAGAGCUGUGGAUGAGCUGUUCCUUGGCAUUUUGUUUUCCUGCUGAAGGACGCUUGAUUCAUUUUACGGCAGUUCCAAGAAGCUUCGUUGAUGAUGCGGUUGGGUUAAUAAUGAAAGAAGCUGACAUUUCUUGAGUGCUUUACUGUAUGCCAAGGAUCGUGCUAAGUGUUGUACAAGGAUGAUCUUGUUUGUGCUUCUAGUUGACCAGUUUUCCCACCCUGUAUUCAGGCACAGAGAGGUUAAGUAACUUGUCUAAGGUCACACAGCUGCUAAGUAGAGGAGCAAAUAUUUGAGUCCAAAGUUCAAGCACUUAACCAUUUCUUGAGAAACUAGUCCAAGGGCCUUCCAGGUUUUCACAAAGCAGCACAGGUGUAAACACCAUGUCUUCACGAUGUCAGGAGGAAGGAGAAUGAGUCACUGUUGGGUGAAGUGGACGUGUGGGGCCUGGAGCAUUUACUGCAGGUAGUAUAAUCUCUGCACUUAUAGUCUUUUUUAGAGGAGCAAAACCAGGGUCUUACCAAUAUAGUGUUUUAAAUUUAGCCGUUUGAAGCAAUAGUCACAUAUGUUACGAAAAGGUGGGAUGGGCCUGGCUUUUGAAUCAUGCGCCCUGGAGCCAGACAGCCUGCACUCAAAUCUAUUACCUCAGAGAUUCCUGACCUUCUGAAAGUUAUUUUAUCUCCCUAUGCCCUAGUUUUCUCUCUACUCACAGCUGAAAAUGGGGUUAAUAAUAGUACCCACUCAUAGAAUUGUGGCAAGAAUUAAAUGGUAUGAUGCAUGUCAAGCUCUUAGCCUAGUAUUUGGCAUGUAGUUAAAUGCUCUAUAAAUAUCUUUCAUUAUGAACAGUAUUGUUACAGGUAGUAAACUGCUGCUGAUGGUGACAGAUCAUGGUCCUUGAAAUUCACCAUUAGACUUUUUCCUUUGAGCCAUCAUUCAAACGCAUAUACCUCCAGAAGUAGCAUAUAUACUGGGUGACUGUGGUCCUGUAUGAAUGGGAUGUAUUUAUUCAUUCAGCAGCUAUUUAUAGAAUGCUUUCUGUGGGCCAGGCCCUGUUUUGGAUACUGGAGAUGCUGCAGUGAACAAAACAGACAAACAUCCCUGCCCUUUUUGGCAUUUGCACUCUGGCGGGGAGGGGUGACAGAUGAUAAACAUGAUAAAUAUACUUUUCACACAGUAUAUUCGGAAGCGACACAUACUAGGAAGAGAAAUAAAGCAGGAGAGGAGAACAAAGCAUGUGGGAUGGGGUUGGCAGAUUUACGGUUUUACAUGGAGUGGUCUGAGAAAGCCUCACUGGGAAGGUGACAUUCAGCAAAGACAUGAAGCUGGUGAAGGAGUGAACCGUGUGGAUGUCUGCAGGGAAAAGUGGGCCAGGCAGAGAGAACAGCACGUUCAAAGGCCCUGAGGCAGGAGGAUGGGUGGCUGGAGCAGAAUAGUGGGAGUAGAGGUCAAGGAGUUAAUGGGUGGGAGACCGGAACGUGUGGACCCUGUGGGCCUCUUUACAGAGGAAUGAUGAGAUCUGACUGUUGCUGUGCAAAGGACACUCCAAUGUACUUCUGCUAUGUCAAGGCUCUACUAUAAAGAGGACAACAACAAGAGCAGGAGGCCAGUUAGGAGGCUUCUACAGUAACCCCAACAGAUGAUGGCGGCCAGGACCAGGGCGGGAGGGGUGGAAGGUGGUGAGACGUAGUUAUAGUCUAGAUAGAUUUUGAUGACAGAAAUUAGAAUUUGCUGACAGAUCAGAUAACCUGAUACCUGGAAAGAUAGAGUUGCCACUUGCUGAGGAUGGGAAAACUGAGUUUGGAGCAGGUUAGAAGAUAAGCUAGUUCAGUUUUGGACAUGUUAAGUCUUAAGUCUGGAGUUUAGGGGAUAAGUCCAGAAUGGAGAUAAAGAUUUGGGAGAGUGGGCAGUUGUCUGCUAGUAAAUGUUAAAGGACUGACUCUGUAGAGAUUAGGGGGUGAUUUAUAGCCGUUGCCAAUUUCCAUGGUGUGAAUACCCUACCAUGGCCAAUUUCAAGCACAGCAUCAUAGAAUAUCUUCACCAUACAGAUACAGUAGGCAUAAAUAAUAUCAAGAGGUUAGAUAAUAGUAAAAUAAAUAGGAAUGGAUGGAUUUGGAGUAUUUAUUACCUUUGUUUUUAAUAUAAUUUAUUUAAUUGUGAGUUUAUGUAAUUCAAUUUUUAAUAAUGGCUGUGUUUAACAACUGACUAGAAAAAUCCCGGAAAAUAUAGCAAUCAAAUCUUGGGUGCAGGUAUGAGCUACCUCAAGGACACCACUGAUAUUGGGACCCAAGAUUGAUCCCUAAAGAGGUGUGAGAAUAAGGGUUCUCUGCGAUUAGGGAGGCAUAGGGCCCCAGAGCCUAGCUCUGCCUUGGGGGCGACGAACGCAACCCAGAGUUCAUUGACGAAGGGUUUGUCUUGCAUCUCAGCGAUGCGUUUGGCACAGAUGGGCCAGGUCAAGGAGAGUGCAGGAGAAAUACAUGAGUUGGCUUUUGAAACAAGGAUUGGACACAUUACUUUGUACUUUAGUUAAAUAUGAUCUUUAGUCUGAUUUCUUGUUUCACUCCCACACAUUCUUAUAAAAAUUCCACACUCAUGGGCUGUGAUUAUCAGAAAAUUCCCCUCCUUUCUCCCUUUCUAGGCAGCACACACAAGGUAGAGGUCAAAGACGUCAGUGUGGUGUCGGAAAGGGAACUGGUGGAGCAGCUCUGACCUUUGCCUCCGCACUCCUUUCUCCCGCCCCUUUUCUGCUGGGAAUAGGGAAUUGGGAACUGCUUCCUCCUGUGGUUUACCAGAAACCUCUCUGCUGCUAGAGCUCCAGCACCUGUGGGCUGUGUGCUGGGUCUGAGCGGAGUGGCCGCAGUUCCUGACCAUGUCUGAUUCUUUUGCUGGGGCGAAAACAAAAACGGGAACCCUGAUUCUGGUCAAGUCAGUGUUCACCCCUGUUGGGAUGUUAGCAGAGCCCUUCUGUAAAAGGCACCCAGGCUUUUGGAAGAUGCUCACAGUGGCGACAUGCAUGGCCCUUCUGGGCUGCCUGCAGGCCCAGGAGCUCCAGGGACAUGUAUCCAUAAUCCUGUUGGGAGCAACUGGGGACCUGGCCAAAAAGUACUUGUGGCAGGGACUGUUCCAGCUGUACCUGGAUGAGGCGGGGAAGGGCCACAGUUUUACCUUCCAUGGCGCCGCUCUGACGGACCCCAAGCAGGGCCAGCAGCUCAUGGCCAAGGCCCUGGAGACCCUCUCCUGCUCCCAGGACAUAGCACCCCGUCAGUGUGCUGAACUCAAGGAUCAGUUCCUGCAGCUGAGCCAGUACCGCCAGCUGAAGACAACCACAGACUACAGUGCUCUGAGCAAGGACAUCGAGGCACAGGUGCAACACAAAGGCCUCCGGGAGGCUGGCAGGAUUUUCUACUUCUCGGUGCCACCCUUCGCCUAUGCAGACAUUGCCCGCAACAUCAACAGCAGCUGCCGCCCAGGCCCAGGAGCCUGGCUGCGGGUCGUCCUGGAGAAACCCUUUGGCCGGGACCAUAACUCGGCCCAGCAGUUGGCCACGGAGCUUGGGAGCAUUUUUCAAGAAGAGGAGAUGUACCGGGUGGACCAUUACCUGGGCAAGCAGGCCGUGGCCCAGAUCCUGCCUUUCCGGGACCAGAACCGCCAGGCCCUGGACCGCCUAUGGAACCGGCACCACGUGGAGCGGGUGGAGAUCGUCAUGAAGGAGACGGUGGACGCAGAAGGCCGCACCAGCUUCUACGAGGAGUACGGCGUCAUUCGCGAUGUCCUGCAGAACCACCUGACUGAGAUCCUGACCCUCGUGGCCAUGGAGCUGCCCCACAACAUCAGCAACGCGGAGACUGUGCUGCAGCACAAACUGCGGGUCUUCCAGGCCCUGCGGGACCUGCAGAGGGGCAGCGCCGUGGUGGGCCAGUACCAGGCUUACAGCGAGCAGGUGCGCAGGGAGCUGCAGAAGCCAGAAAGCUUCCAGAGCCUGACGCCGACCUUUGCAGGUGUCCUCGUUUAUAUCGACAACCUGCGCUGGGAGGGCGUCCCUUUCAUCCUCAUGUCCGGCAAGGCCCUGGAUGAGAGAGCCGGCUACGUGCGCAUCCUGUUCAAGAACCAGGCACACUGUGCCCAGAGCGAGGCGCGCUGGGUGGCGGGCCGCAGCCAGUGCCUGCCCCGGCAGGUCGUCUUCCACGUUGGGCACGGCGCCCUGGGCAGCCCGGCCGUGCUUGUCAGCCGGAACCUCUUCAGCCCCUCGCUGCCCGCCCAGGGAUGGCAGGAGCUGGAGGGCCAGCCUGGGCUCCGCCUGUUUGGCUGCCCCCUCUCCGAUUACUACGCCUACAGCCCUGUGAGGGAGCAGGACGCCUACGCCAUCCUCAUCUCCCACAUCUUCCACCGCCGGAAAGAUUCCUUCAUCACCACGGAGAACUUGCUGGCCUCCUGGGUCUUCUGGACCCCCCUGCUGGACAGCCUUGCCUUCGAGGCCCCCCGCAUCUAUCCGGGAGGAGCUGAGAACGGGCACCUGUUGGACUUCGAGUUCAGUGGUGGCCAGUUGUCCUUUUCCCAGCAGCAGCCAGAGCAGCUGGUGCCAGGGCCAGGCUCUGCCCCAAUGCCCAGCGACUUCCAGGUCCUCAGGGCCCAGUACCGGGAGAGCCCGUUGAUCUCAGCCUGGCCCGAGGAGCUGAUCUCUAAGCUGGCCAGCGACAUCGAGGCCUCUGCUGUGCGGGCAGUGCGGCGCUCUGGCGAAUUCCACCUGGCACUGUCGGGGGGCUCCAGCCCUGUUGCCCUGUUCCAGCAGCUGGCCCAUUGGCACUACAGCUUCCCCUGGGCCCACACGCACCUGUGGCUGGUGGACGAGCGCUGCGUCCCCCUCUCAGACCCCGAGUCCAACUUCCAGGGCCUGCAGGCUCACCUGCUGCAGCGCAUCCGGGUCCCCCACUACAAUGUCCACCCCAUGCCCGUGCAGCUGCGCCGGCGGCUCUGUGCCGAGGAGGACCAGGGCGCCCAGCUCUACGCUGCCGAGAUCUCUGCCCUGGUGACCAACAGCAGCUUCGACCUGGUGCUGCUGGGCAUGGGCACGGAUGGGCACACGGCCUCGCUCUUCCCCCAGUCGCCCACCGGCUUGGACGGCGAGCAGCUGGUAGUGAUGACCCAGAGCCCCUCCCGGCCCCACCACCGCAUGAGCCUCAGCCUGCCCCUCAUCAACCGUGCCAGGAGGGUGGCCGUCCUGGUUAUGGGCAAGAUGAAGCGGGAGAUCACCCUGCUGGUGAGCCGCGUGGGCCACGAGCCCCAGAAGUGGCCCAUCUCGGGCGUCCUGCCGAGCUCCGGCCAGCUGGUCUGGUACAUGGACUACGAGGCAUUCCUGGGGUGAAGGUGCCUUUGCCUUUGGCUCCCCAACCCUGGGCUCCCUUGCACCCAUCCUCCUCCAUCCCCUCCUCGCCCCGCCGCCUGCCCUCCGCGCUCUGACUGGCACCCUGGAAUCUGAUGCCCUGGGUCAAGCCUCCAAGGAGGGAGGGAUGAGGCCGUAUCCCAGCCUCGAUAGUCAGUCCCUGCACUCCGGUGGGGAGACACAGAGGCUGGGAGGAAACAGACUGUCUGGGGGAAAAGAGCAUGGAUGAGGGGAGAGGAGGGGCAGAGGCCUCCACAGGUGAGGUGCCCUGUGUGAAGUGGGGUGUGGGGGACUGUCUGGAGACCCCGACAAGCCUCUGCUGCCUCCAUCUGUCCCUGUCUUCCCGGCCUCUGCAUGUCCAGCCUCCUCUUGUCUCCUCUCAGUGCUGCCUCCACCUGCCUCGUCUCUUGGGGUUCCUCUUUCCUUGACCCUGACUGUGGGGUAGGUUUUCCCAGCCCCCUGCCUCUUUGCUGUCCUUCAGAAACAGCCCACCAACCUGCCAUUUUCAGAGUUUGCUGGUAAUGACUUCAGAAAGACAGACGAUGGGUGAUAACAGUAAUGGCAGCAAAUGCUAGGAUGUUGCAGAUGUUCCAGAAAUGUUAAGCCUGCUGUUUGCAGCUCCGUUUCUCAGGUGAUAGACUUCUUUCCAUGGAGGUGGUGGUGGUUGUGGUGGGGUCUAGUUCCCCCAGCUCCCUCAAGGAGGACCCCUGCCCUCUACCCUCUCUCCUUUCUCUAGCCAGACCCCAUGAACACACUAAGUACAGGUGAUCAGGCCAUAAGGGACCCUGGGUUUAAGAGGUUCACUUACAUCUCAGGGGAAUCCCAGGUGGGUGUUUCCACCCUCAGCAGCCUCUCUCCUUUUACCAGGAAAGAUCCUGUUAAGCCUUUCCCAGUUGGUGACAAUUCAUCUUGGGGAGGGGAUAUGAUGCCCAGGGAUGCUGAGCCACCCAGGCCACUAUGAUCUGGCCAGACAGCAGUCUUCAUGGAGGGGCGGCUGCAGCACACAGGCGGGGUGCCCACAUCCUGCUCAGGACCUUGGCCGACUUGUGGCACAGGGGGGCAGCCUACAUCCAGCUCUCUCACCACCUGCCAGCUGUGUCUGAGCCUGCCAGCUUCCUGCCCCUCCUGCCACUUGCAGUUCACCACAGACACAUUGCUUCAGGCUCUGCGAAGUAGAAAGGUUGGGUGCUGUGCUCUCCAGAAGCCAUGGGCCAGAUGCCUAUUUUUCUGAACCCCCCAACAGGUCUCUGAAAUUCUUAAAAACAACAACAACAACAACAAAAAACCUCAGGACACAUUUGACUUUUAUUCCAACUUCCCACAUGGUCAUGUCCCCAAGGCCCGCCUAUAAAGAAAUAAGAGGUUAUCCUGUGACUUUCCCCUGUGUCAUAGUCACACUUUGUAGCAGGCACAUACCAAGUCUGGAUGUCAUAGAGAAUUUUAUAAACGGGAUUUCAUUUCAUGAGCAGGAACAUCACAAAAUCCAUUUCUCUACCUUCAAUUGCUUAAACUUUUCUUCAAGGCUUUGGAUAUAAAAGAAUUCCUGCUUUCAUUUGAGAUGCACCUGUGCAGGGGUUGCCCGAGCCUGGGGCUCUUCUGUGAAAGGCACUCCUUUAGGGUCUGCUUACCCUGAUCCCCAGCGGCCCGGUCCAAACAGGACAGACCGCCUACACCCGGGGCGCUGGCCCUGGCACCCAAGCUGCUGCGUUCCCUGCUUUCCUGCUGCUCUUUCACACCUGGGGGGGGGGGCGCUCCCAGGCAUGGGCAGGUGCUCGCAGCAGGUGCCGCCUCGGGCCACGUGGGGGCGCCCGCACUCUGCCGCCUCUGUGUGACAGCCCCCGUGCAGUCUCCGUGCAGCCCCAGUACUGUCUUCCUGUGCUUUUCCAUGUCUUGCCUCCCGGUCCUUGGCCUGAGCACGGCCCCAUCUGUUCUUUAGGAAUCGUGCCUCUGCGGUUUUACCAUGAGCCAGGCCUCGCUCCCUGAUAAAGGGCAAGCGAACUCUUGAUGUUACCUUUUCUGAAUAAGGACAAGUCUCCGCCAGGCCUGAGCCUAGAAUGUUCCAUUUUUACUCCGGAAAGUGACUUGCCUCAAAAUGUGCCCUUUUAUCUGGGAAGGGAGUGUGUAAGGGCCCAGAGUGGGGGCGAAAAUGCCAGAGGUUCCCUUCCUAGAAUCAAGGGCUUUCCUGAGCUCCCAUUGGGAGAGUGCGACCCGAGAGGCCACCGCUCUCUGCUCCCACUCGCUCCCUCCUCCCUUCCUCCCCUGCCCGGGGUGGGGUGGGGGUUUGGGCAGAGUCUCAGAACUAGGACCACCGAGUGGUUACAAGCUUCGUGGACCCUGAUCCGCAGCAGGAAACCCUCCUUCCAUCGUGUCAGCGUUCAUGUCCGUGUAUCAUCUGCAUCUCCAAGGACAAUGUUGGGAAGGAAUUCUGACUCCAGGACCUGGACCCACUCUGUUUUCUGUUCAUCGUUUAAAAUCAGUUGCUUGCAGUGCCCUAAGUUGAGUUGAUACAUAGUUUGAAAAAUGCCGCCCUGAUCUGCCUUUCUACCAGAUGCCAAGGCCCCAGGGGGAGGACUGUGCCCGCCCUGCCCGCAAGGCUCGGCCGCCGUGGGCCAGGCCCCAGCCUCUCACUCCAGCAGCCUCCUGCCUCGGGCCCGUCCUGGCCCAGGACUGCUGGCUGGUCCCAGCCCAGUGGCACAGGCUCAGGGAGCCCUGGGACUGCUUCAGGCCCCUUGGGGCUGGGAGGUGCAGCUCUCAUCUCUGCAGCGGGUCUGUCCCAAAGGACAGGGAGGAGAUGUUGGAGAGGGAGUGCUCAGAGGGUUCUGGAGCUUGCUCAGUUAAUCCUUGCCAACAGCCCCGAUCCUUCGGCGACAGGGUCCUCAGGUCCUGCAACUCAGGCUGAGGACCUGCUGCUUGGGGAUGGAUGCAGCCAGUCGGGGGGACGAGCUGAGAACCCAGAGCCAUGCCCCCAGCCACCCUGUGCAGCCACUUCCUUCCCAGGGAGCCUCGGCCCAGGGUCCCCAAUGGAGAGCCGAUUCCACGCGAGGACCUCCUUCCAGAGGCCUCGUCAGCAAAUCUGCAUCUCUCAAGCAAGCAUGAUCACCAUUCGUUGUGGAGAAAGAAUGUAGGAACUUUCCAGGUGGUUGUAAGAUAGAUUCUGAUUUUGAAUCUGGGGACAGAUUUUUCUGCCAACCUCAAGUUAAAAUAGUCUUCUCUUGAUUUUCCCAUCAACUUCUUGUGUCUCUGCAGACAAUGCUUUGCACCUACUCUCAAGCCCCCAAAUUAAAGCACCAGCAAAGCUUUCACAAACCCAGAACCACUCAGAAUAUUCCCUUGAGUGUUUUCAUCCCAAAUUCCAGGGCUUGGUGUGCGAUCCCUCUUUGGGGAGUUUCCUUUCCCUUCGCAUGGGUUUUUGCCUUACAGAGCCAGCCUCCAGGAGAGCUUUGGGCUGGGGUGACAGGCGAUGGAAGGGGGAAGCCUUGGUUAUUUGCUGAAAAGCAAAUCUUCUGUAAAACCUGAAGAGAUUAUUUCCUAAAUUUAGUUUUGUAGAAAAAAAAAAUUGUUCCUGAAAAUAUAGGCAGCCUCACUCAAGCAGCCUCAUUGCAACAGGUUUAUUUUUGUCUUGAGCACACGUGGUCCUUGCAAACCCCUGUCCCCCGCUAGAAAAGCUGCCUGGCAGCAGCUUGGUGUCAGAGAAUUGACGAGUCCCAGGAAAGGUCAGUGGGCGGCGAGGGGCUGCUGCCUCCAGAUGCCACCGGCCUGUGUGGUCCACUCAGGCCGUCCACCCCCGGCCCUGCCCCUGCUGAGCUGAAGACCGUCUGUCUUCAGUGUCCUCCCUGCACUUCUCCGGCUUUGGGCUGGGACCGAGAGGCUGUGCCUGUGGAGGCGGCACUUGAGGCACUAAUCAUGGUUCGCGUGUUGGAGUGACAUUUCCAGGAGGGAGAAGGUAGUUCCUCCAGCCUUCUCGGCAUGCGGCCGCCAGUCAGGACUGCAGAGGACGCCUGAGCCUGACAGUAACCAAGGUAACGAGAACAUCCCGGUUGGCCCUGCUCUGCCCUCGGAGGCUCUGGGCAUUUUAGUUGCAGUGACGGAGCUCACUGGUGUGCGGCCCUGCCCGCUGGCACACCUGUAAGUGCGGGUUUGCAGGGGUUCCUUCUGCCCUGGAGUGUGUGCUCGCCAUCGAGAAUGACCACCUGCUUCCAGCCCCUUCUUCUCUGGAGGACUCCUCUCCCCGCUUUCACAGCCUCUUCCCUACAAAAUGUGUCUUCACAGGACAGAGCUGGAGGAACCCACAUCAGUGUGUGUUCUUGGAAGACGUAUGGGAGCAGAUGCCUUCCAGGAACAUACCAGAUUCCCUUCUCCAGAUGCUUGCACUCCGGUCCUCAAGGCGUGAGGCAGGUGGGAGUGAAGAGCCUGGAAGCUUCCUCCGCUCAUGGCCAAGCAAGGUGCAAACUUAACAAUGCUGUCAUCAGCACAGCACAGAAGUGGCCGGAGAGUUGAGGGUGUUUUUCUGAAUUUACAGCAACCCUUAGGGGAAGAUGAUCCCUCUGAUGAAAACGUCCUCUCCAGCCAGCUUUUUGGAGUACAUCUGUUUGCAAAGGCGGCCAUGGGGCAUGUGUUUGUUUUGAUUAUGUUUCUGCUUAUUCUUUUACUCCCAAGGAUGAUCUCUGUUGAAACCUCUUGCCCUGCUCUGAGGUGCUUGAAGAGAAGUCUCUGCAUCUUUCUGUGUCCCUCUGGGGUGGGGAGGGGUAAGCACACUGCCGUUUGCUGAAGUCUACAGAGUAGAUCUAAAUGGUUGGCGGUAGAAGUCUAAACAGUUUGUGUCCUUAGGGGUCUAGGGGUGCCCCCACAGGCAUCUGAAAGGGUCAGUUAUAAAGCUGUGUAAGGGUCAGAGGACCCUGCUUAGCUGGCCGUCAAGAGCCCACUGGCAUUUGUUUCCUGGGUUGUACCCACUGCAGUCUCUUCCCAUCUGUCUGGAAGAGCCAGGGGUGGGAGCCAGGGAGCGAGCCUCCGCCGUGUCACGAGGACUUGUCACUGCCUGAGCUGACCUGAAGAGUCAUCCAUGUUUAUGGUUGGAGAAGGUCAAGUUGGUGCUGUCGUUAAAAGGCUUCCGCCAGCAAGAGAUCUCAGUGGGGGUGGGCAGACCCUGCGGUCUGCAUCGUGUCAGUGCAUUCUAGAAACAGCGUUCUGGGCUUCUGUUGGGGAAGAAGAGGGAGAGGGAAGCCCCUUCCUCAGAGAGACUGUCUGCUUCAUUGCAUUGGGGGGAGACAGUGGCCAUGGAAGUGGCCCUCUGCCCAGGCAGCCAGAACCGGCCAUGCUUUCCUCAGAGAGAGAAACUGCUGCUGGUUCUUACGGAAACACUGAAACUUUAUGAUGCCUCAUGAUGAGACACGUCCAGAGCAAAGUUUUUAAUGUGGUUUUUGUAUGUCACAUAUAAAACUUAUUUUUUAAAUAAUAAAAUUGUUUCGCUAAGA